AUGCCAUCGAAUUAUAUUUUGUUGGCAUCAUUAUUGUUUGUUCUGAUUAUCACUGGAAUAUCAGAAAAAACUGGUUUAUGCACAGACGGUGAUAGUACUAGCAGUCAAUCAAUUCUCUUGAUUACAUUUGGUUCUGGUAAUCAAACAUAUUCCAAUAAAACAGCUGAGGAGCUCAAUUUUACAACAAGUUAUACACAAUCGUUUAAAGAUCAGAUAACAAGUGAUAAAUUUGCGCUUGUAAACAAAGUUCCUGUUGCAAAUGAAUGGCACUCUGGAGCGUCUGACUAUACAACAGAUGAUACUGAUGGAUAUAUGUUUCUUGUUAAUGUGGGAAAAGAAGACAAAUGUAUUUUCAAGUACGAAGUCCAUAAUCUUUGCGUCGGUUUACGUUAUGAAUUCUCCGCGUACUUGGCAAACGUUAUGAAAGAGGAACAUUAUGAUGGUAAAAUAAAUAUCAAAUUUCGAGUUAAAGAAACGCCGGAAAGCAAGAAAAGUAAAAUUGUAGAAAAAAAGACAGACGAUAUAAGUGCAUACGAAAAUAUGACUUGGGAAAAAUAUGGUCUUUCAUUUGUAGCGCAAACUGGUGCAGCCGAACUAUUUUUGGAUUCAAAACAUGAAGGGAAAAAAAACUAUUAUUUAGCUGUUGACGACAUCAAGUUACGUAUUUGUUCAGCUAACCGUUCUGUUCCCGCGCUUCCAAUUUCCUAUAACCAACCAGAAAUCUGUCCAAAUGCAACAUGGGACCAAACUGGCGUUACUGUUGUCAAUCAAACAGUGAUUGGUAAAAGUACUCCAGGUAUUUUUGUUGAUACUAACAAUACUCUGUAUGUGGCUUCAAAUGAUAAAAGUCGAAUUUUUAUUUUCUUUGAAAAUGGUACUAAUUCAACGCAUGAAUUUGUAUCCUUGUCCAAAACCAGCACUAUUUUCAUUAGCACAAACCGUGAAGUUUAUUUUGAGAAAUUCAACACGAAAGGUGAGAUUCACAAGUGGUCACAGAAUUCAUCGCAGUCUACAUCAGCAAAAUUUGACGAUCACUGUUAUGGACUGUUUAUUGACACACAAAAUACUCUCUAUUGUUCCAUGUAUGAAAACAAAAAAGUUCAGAAAAAAUCACUGAACGACGACUCCAAAAAAACAGAAACCAUAACAGAGAAGCUUUCCAAGCCAUUAGGAAUAUCCGUUGACACACAUAUGUACUUGUAUGUGGCCGACAAUAAUAACAACAGAAUCCAACUUUUUAAACCAGGACAGAAAAAAGGAACAACAAUUGCAGGCACGGGAGCUCCAAAUUCUCUUGAAUUAAGGUACCCUACAGAUGUUGUACUUGAUGCGGAUGGCGAUUUGUUCAUAGCUGACAACGGAAAUAAUCGAGUUAUUCGCUCGAACGAAGAUGGCUAUCAAUGCGUAGUAGGCUGCAAUGGCAACCAACGAUCAACAUCUAGCUCAUUAAUCAAGCCAUACGCUCUUCGUUUCGACAGUCAUGGGAACUUAUUUGUUGCAGAUGAACCCAAUUAUCGGGUACAAAAGUUUACUAUAAAACCCAAUUCCUGUGAACAUGAAAAUGAAGAAAUUUUAGCAGCCACAAACAUAAGCACAACAACCAUACAGCCUACCACAUCCCCAGUGGCAACAACAACAACUUCGACGCCAACAACUACCACGACUACAAUAACACGUGCAACUACACCAUCAACAACCCCAAUCAUUACAGAGAUAACCUCAACAAGUAAAGUAUCAACUACAACUAAGAGCGAAACAACGUCAGCAGCUACAAUACAAACUACCAGAACGACAGAAGCAACCUCGAGCGCUAUAGCAACAAAUAGAAAUAUUACAGCAACAGCUACGACAACGACGGAAACAAACUCAACCACUACAGUAACAAUUACAGCUAAGACCGGAACAACCUCAACCACAACCACAACAAUAACAAGUACAACUAUGACAGAAACAUCCUCAACCACAACGGUAACAACUACAACUACGACAGAAACAACCUCAACUACUACAACAACAACUUCGACUAGUACAGUAACAGCUACAACUAUUACAACAACAACUUCUACUACUACAGCAACAACAACAACAACGACCGAAAUAACCUCAACCACAACAGAAACAAGUACAACUACGACCGAAACAUCCUCAACCACAACAUUAACAACUGCAACUACGACCGGUACAACCUCAACCACAACAGAAACAACUACAACUACGACAGAAACAACAUCAACUACUACAACAACAACUAAGAAUACUAUAGCAAUAGCUACGACUACGAUACAAACAAUCGCAACCACGGCAGCAACAAUGACAACUGGGACUGAAACAACCGGAACCACUACAAGAACAACAAGUAAGAAUACUACUCCAAUAGUAUCAAGCAAUACAGAAACAAUCUCAGCCACUACAGGAAGAGCUACAACUAGGACAGCAACAACCUCAGGCUAUGCAACCGGUACAAUGAAAACUUCGGCUGCUACACCAGCAGCUACAGCGACUACAGAAUUUAUAUCAACUCCUAAAGUAGCAGCUACAAGCUCCAUAACGACAACAUUGACCAUUACAACAUUAUUGAUUGAAAUAUCAAGUGAAACAACGACUAGCGAGACACCAACAAUCUCAAUAAUUGCAACACCGAGAGAGACAAUCACAAUGACAAAAACUACACCAAAUACAGAGACAACAUCAGCGACAAUGAAAGUAACUAUAACGACUACAGAAGGAAGAUCAGUAACUGCAACACCAGUGUUAACAACUGCAACAGCUACAGAGGCAAACUUAACGACUGCAACAACUACGAUUGAAUUAUUCACUGAAGCUAUACCCACAGAGGCAAUAACAAACUCAACGUCAGUAACUAUAAUUGAGACGGGAACGCGCAGAAUAAGCACGACUCCAACUGAAAGCAUAACUGCAGCAAUAACUUUAACUGAAACAACAGCAAUGUCAAUAGGAACAACUGAAAUAAGUACGACCGAAGCAUUAGGUCCAACCACAACCGCAAUUAUAAUUGUGACUACUAGUACUAUCCCUGAAACAACAACAACUACAGACGUGACGAACGAAACUGUAGAAAUGGCAGUCACAAUGAGUAGUACUAUUAACAAUGGAGCAACAGCUACGACUGUUGCUAUUACUGAUGUAGUUACAGCAGUAACAAUAACAACCGCAAAAAAGGUGAGCACUGCUACUGUUACUACUACAACUCAGACAACAACAGCAACCUCAAUUGAAACAACGAUAACAACUGCCACAGGGACAGGUACGAAUGUACGACUAACUGCUUUUGUAAGCAGCAAUUUAACAACUAUAAGUGUAGCAGCUACAACUAUAGGAACCUCUACGCCGACGAUACGUAGAACAGAAUCCAAUAGGUUAACCUCAAGUACAACAAUGCCAACUACCAAAUCGCAGCAAAGGGAAACACAACCACCAUUUUUUCCAACACAAAUCUGUAAUAAUUCACAGAUCGGUGUCAACUGUAACGUGUCUAAUAGUCCAUGUGAUCUGUUGAAACCCUGUCAAAACAACGGUAUAUGUGAACGAAAUCCCACAGACAUCAAUGGUUAUAAUUGUUUAUGUUCACGUGGUUUCAAUGGUAGUCAUUGUGAUUUCGAUCAUCGACCUUGCAAACCACAAACUUGUCUCGACCAUGGAGAAUGUAACGAAACGUCUGAUUCAUCAUUUCUUUGUUUGUGUCAUGAUGGUUGGACUGGAAUUCACUGUCAAUCAAGGAUAGAUAAUUGCAACCAUACUGCAUGCGAAAAUCAUGGUGUUUGCCGAUCAAUAGUAUUGAAUUAUACGUGUGAAUGUCUUGGUGAUAGUUAUUCUGGUCGUCAUUGUGAAAUCACGUCUACGAAAAUUAUUAUUUUUCAAACUAUUUCGAAAUCAUUUUCUUAUAUUGCUAUUAUUGCGCUGUCAAUUGUUGUUAUGUUUAUUGUCAUCAUGGAUAUAUUGAAAUAUUGUUUCGGUAUUGAUCCAACACGUGACGAUUUGGAAAGAAUUCGACAAGAAAAACGAAAAUCUCGCGUAAUCCAACAGUUAUUUUAUGUUCAUUCAACAGCAGUAUCACCUGAAUAA